AUGCUCACACCACCACAUGAGUUGUUUCUUUUUACUCACACUAAGAAGCAUGAUGGACAAACUUUUAUUGAUGAAAAGUCUAAAUCACUCAAUGAUAAAGUAUUGAGCUUGAGAGAGGCACCUCAAACAAUUUCUGGAUCUAGAAAUGAUAAUUCUCAACCAAUAGAUGAGAUCGCACUUUAUUAUGAGGCAGUUGGUGGUGAAAAAAAGAGAAGGGUGUAUGGUCUUGGAUCUCAAGCAUCUUAUUAUUGUGGUGGUAAUACAAAUGCAAGCAAAUCAAGUACUAGCUAUUUUGAAUCACAAAAUCAAGAGGAGCUUCAAACUGAGUUGGCAACUAUGAAGAAGAAGAUAGAGGCUCAAGAUAAUUUGAUAGUUGAUUUGAAAAGAACAAUUGAGAUGUUGUGUAAUCACAUUGGUAUGCCUCCUCUACAUGGAACACAAAAUUCAAGUAACAAUCAACCAGAGGAGAGUGAAGGCACAAGAGAUGGAAAUGGAGAUGGUGAUGAAGAUCCUGACUUUUUAUAA